GUUCAGCCCUCUCCAGAUGGCUCUUAUCUGGGCACAGGGAGUAAGAUCAACAGGCAGACAGGACACCCCACUGGGACGCCAGGUCUUCAUGCUCCCCAGCGGGAACUUGUCACCUUCUACAGACACAGAAAUAACAAACUUCUGAUAUGUAUUAAAGACACCUUCACCUUAGCUGUGCAGGAACUCCUCAGGAGCAGAGUCCUCCCCUGCCACAUCCAUCUGGGUUUUCUGCAGAGAGGAAGCAACUGUGAACUUUCUCCUCCACACUAACAUGGUUCUGCAGUGACUUCAAAGCAUUGAUCUCCUGAAGCCAUGAUGCCAUGAAUAUGGCUGAAGAUUCCUGGCUCCUGAGAUGUCCUGGCUUCCCUAAGUGGUUUACAUUUUGUAGGGCUGUAGUUACUGAAGUAAUCCUAAAUAUAGCACAGCCUCCAUCCAUCCUCCAUUCAUCUACAGAGGUUGACAACCCUCUCCCUGCGUUGUCAAUAUCAUGUCUUUGUAAAAAUCAAUUCCUCACCCUCUCUUCUCCCUCUACUUUUCGCUCUUCCUCUUUCUCUUCUCCCCUCUCUCUCAUGUAUGUGUGUAUGUAUUUAGGUGUUUUUGUAUUCACUUGAACAAAAAGAUCUGCGUUAUAAAAAUGAUAGGAGAGAAACAUGUAUUAGGAUUAUUUCGUUAGUAUCUGCUAGUGAAUGCAUAUAUUUCAAGUUUCUUAAACUCUUAAAACUUUACCAAUGUAUACUUUACCAAUGUAUACUCCAUGAAAUGUGUUUACCAAACCCAUGGCUACCAUUAUGGGUGCACACAGGUCACAAGCUGACAUUCAGGUUGAGCGCCAGUGUGCACAGCUGCUCUUUGUCCUGAAGGCUUCAUUACUGUUUAUUUUUCUGGGGUCAUCACAGCACAGACUCAAACAUAUUGGCUGUGUGCCUUAAACUGUUAUUCUAUGUCACCUGAAGAUGGAACUGAAUUUCCCCCCUCCUCUUCCUUUACUUUCCUGGUCCUUCCUUCUCCAUCACCUGUGUCUUCUCUUCAUUGAGACUGAGGUCAAGGAAGAGCACUUGCAUUAUGAGGAACUCCACAGGUUCACAGAAAUUAAAAUCUGAAGAGCUUAAUCAUGACUCUCUGGGCCUGGUGGCCACUAAUCUUUUGAAGAACUAGCUUUUUGUGUUGCUAUUAUAGAAUUUUUAUGUGAGGAAACUCAAAUUAUUAAUUGUUUUUAUCAAGUAUUUAUUUUCAGCUCUGAAUUAUUCAUUCUUUUCAAGUGUUUAUGAAUUUUAAAAUUUUCCCUAUUCCCUCAUUUUAUAAAUACUUCUUUGAAUUUUUAAGCUUAUAAUAUAAUGACGUAAUAUGGCCUUUCCCAUUCCGCCCUCAAAACCCAUCCAAAUAUCCUUCCCAUGCUGUCCUCCAUCCUCAUGGCUGUUUUUCCUCUAAUUUUCAUUACACACAUAUAUAGUCUCAGAUGCAUAACUGCGACCUGCUCAGUCUGUAUAAUGUGACGUGUUUGCCUGUUUUCAGGCCUGAUAAUUUGGUUUUGGACUACCAGUUUGUGUGCUCUUCCCUGGAGAGGACUGUUGCUCCUGCUCUUAGCAUUCCUCAGUCUCCUGUAGUUCUUUGAGAAGGGCUGAGCAGUGGUUUUCCUGUACCUUGGCAUGUCUAAGUGUUGUUGUCUUUGUUUAGCUCCUGUUCAGGCAGUCAUGUGCGUAAGGUUAUUGCUGUAGCUCCUUAACUCUACCGGGAGACACAAUCUCACAGUGAAUUCCCUAAUCCCCUGCUUUCAAUCUCUCCAUGCCAUCUUCAGAAGCAAUGUUCUCUGAGCCUUGCUUGCAGGAGGUCUUUGGUAGAUGGGUCCACCGAGACUGGGAUCCACAACUCUACAUCUUGAUCAGCUGUGGUUUUCUGUACUGAUCUCAGUCUGCUGCAAAGAGAAGUUUUCUUGUUGAGAGGGAAGGAGAUGAUCAGUCAUUCACAGAGCUGCAUUCUGUCUCCCAGGCCACUGCAUGAGAAAACCAGCAGCUGACAUGUAUAGAGAUCACUCUGUGUCGGACAGUUCCAUGCUUGGUGUGUAGGUAGAAUCCUCACACCUAGGGGCUUCUUGACUGUACAUAUGCUCCAGAGUUGCUGACUGGAGCUCAUCUUCUGAGUGCUUAUGGUCACACUUCGAAGAAAUGGCAGAGAGUCAUUAGGAUUCAACUCAGAGUCCAAACUGGUAAUUAUUUGUUCUGGAGAUUUAUUAAGAACAUUUGGCUGGGAAGCGGUGGUGCAUGCUUUGAAUCCCAGCACUCAGGAGGCAAAGGCAGGUGGAUCUCCGAGUACUAGGACAUCUUUGUUUACAGAGUGAGUUCCAGGACAGCCAGGACUAUAUAGAGAAACCCUGACUUGAAAACCUGAGAGAGAGAGAGAGAGAGAGAGAGAGAGAGAGAGAGAGAGAGAGAAUAAGAGGAAGAGAAGGAGGCAGAGGUAAGGGGGACAAAGGGGAGAGAAAAGAAGAGAAAGAGACAAAGAAAAUGAAUGAAUAAUGAAUGAAUGAAAAAGAAGGUGAAUGAAUACUUGGCCAGCAGGGAAGAGGGCACUGAGAUAAACGAUCCUGUGCACGUGUGUCUGACAAUCAAGUGAGAUGCAGCUAUUACCCCUUAAUAAACCAAACAUGUGGACCAGGAGAGGAAAUUUUUUUAUAACUUCUGGAAAUGUUUAAUGUACCAGAAAGUUUGUAUUCUGAGACAGCCCCACUAUGGUUCGAAGAGUUCAGUUUUGCUUGAGAAGCAUCAGGACAGUGGGGACAGUGGGGACUAUGGGGAUGGUCUCAAGGGGGUGUGAGCUGGAGCUGAGUUCCAAUUAGACAAGUUAUAAUUGGGAUGAAUUGACAUCUUGUUGCCAGCUCAGGGUUGGUGGUUAAUGCUUCAUUACCAGUAUUUAUAAUGAAGAGUUUUCUCUUUUCUCCUCAGACUUUUGAUAUUUGCAAAUACACACACAAUGAAUAAGGCCAGCAUACUCCACACUAACACAAAUAUUAAAAUCACCUUGUUCUCUGAAAUGAGUGUUGGGAUCUCAGCCAACAGCAUCCUUUUUCUCUUCCAUCUCUGCAUGCUCAUUGGUGCACACAGGCCUAAGCCUAUUUAUUUCGUCAUUGGUUUCUUGUCCCUGACCCAACUACUGAUGCUGUUAACUAUGGGACUCAUAGCUGCAGACAUGUUUAUGUCUCAGGGGAGGUGGGACCCCACCACAUGCAAAUCCCUUUUCUAUCUACACAGGUUCUUGAGGGGCCUCUCCCUUUGUGCUGCCUGUCUGCUGAAUGUCCUCUGGACCAUCAUCCUCAGCCCUAGAAGCUGCUGUUUAAACAAGUUUAAACAUAAAUCUCCCCAUCACAUCUCGUGUGCCCUUUUUCUUUGCGUUCUCUACAUGUCUUUUAGCAGUUACCUCUUGGUAUCAAAUAGCGCCGUCUCCAAUUCGACCUCAGAUAAUUUUAUGUAUGUUACUCAGUCUUGCUCACUUCUACCCCUGAGUUACUCGAGACAAAGCACAUUUUCCACACUGUUUGUCUUCAGGGAAGCCUUUCUUAUCAGUCUCAUGGCCCUCUCCAGUGGGUACAUGGUGGCUCUCUUGUGCAGGCACAUGAAGCAGGCCUGGCAUCUUCACAGCACCAGCCUUUCUCCAAAAGCAUCUCCAGAGCAAAGGGCCACCUGGACCAUCCUGCUGCUCAUGAGCUUCUUUGUGUUUCUCUGCAUUUUGGAGACUGUUAUCUUGCAAACAAGAAUGAAGUUCAAAGAUGGCUUACUAUUCUACUUUAUUCAUAUUCUUGUGUCCCAUAGCUAUGCCACAGUCAGUCCUCUUGUGUUUAUUUGCACUGAAAAGCAUAUAAUUAAAAUUUUUAGGUCAGUGUGGGACAGGAAAGUAAAUAUGUGAUUAUUCAGGAAUGGGUAUGAUCCCUUAA